AUGUCCAACCCCUACGAUCUUAUCUCCAAGCAGGACAUUGUUCCCAUGUCCCAGGACAAACCCAACCGAUGGUGGUACAGCUACUCGGUGCACUCUUCCCACGCCCUCAUGACCGACGUUGAGAAGCGACUGUUCAACGUGGUGGUGCUUGCAUUCGCCAUCAUGAUGGCUCUGGCCGUGGUUGCCUACAUUCCCAAAAACACUGCAUUUGUGGUUCGGCGGCUGGCCUACCUGCUCACCGGAAACGAGACCCAGCACAUCUCCAACCUGUGGAAGGAUAUGCUUAAGAUGUAA